UGAAACCUAAACUACAAGUGGGGGUGGUGCUCAUACCAGACUUCCGUUCACCCCACAGAGCCUGUCACUGUUCAGAACAUUUGUGUCUACAAUGGACUCAUCAAGAGUCUAUGGCAGUUUAAAGACAUCUAGGACCCCAGAGUAUAAGCCUGUAUCACCCUCAUCUCUUCCCUCAGAUGCCUGCCGGUGCCCACACUGGCAUCAGUUGGCUCUGAAACUCAGCUGUGCUGGGCUGAUCCUUCUUUUCUUGAGCCUGAUUGGCCUCAGUGUCUUAGUUCGAGUCCUAGUGCAAAGACCACCAAUAGCAAAAUACAGUGUGUCUACUCAAGAGAACAAGACUGAACCAACAGGGGGAUCAUCCACGCUAAGGUGCCCGAGAGACUGGCAUCCAUACAGGGAGAAAUGCUUAUUUGUUUCCCAAACUUCCGGACCUUGGUCUGAAGGUCUAGCUCAAUGCUCCAUGAAAGAAGCCACUUUGCUGAUCAUUGAAAAUGAAGAAGAAUUGAGAUUCCUUCAUGCUUUCUCAAAGAGAAGAGGACAUCAAUUUUUUAUUGGACUAAAUUAUGUACCAGUGGAGAAAAUCUGGAAGUGGAUAAAUGGCUCUAUUUUAAAUCCUGAUCUAGUACAAAUCAUGGGCACUAAUGAAGAAAACAGCUGUGCAGUCAUCUCACAGACAGAAGUGUUUUCUGACUUCUGUUCUGCCGACAACCGCUGGAUCUGCCAAAAGAAAUUGAAAUAUGUCUGAAAUCCUGUGUCCUGACUCCUGAUUGGGAAUCUCACCUCUGCACUGACCUGUCCAGGCUGUCGGCCCUUCCAGCACGGUUAGGUGGCACAAAGCAUGGACUAUACAACCUCUGUGACUUACAGAUGCUCACGUCCAAUGUCUAUUCUGUAAAUAUAAAUGUACACAGACACAAAUGUGCCAUUCAUUCUAAGAGGGGUGUUCUAUAGGAAGAAGCCCAGGCCAGUAGGGGGCACUGGAGGCCUGGUGUGGCCUUUGUUGAUCUCUGUCCCUGAGGUCAUCUGCAGACAGCUGUAAAAAACUAUUUGAAAAUCCUCAUCUCCAUCUUCCACUCCAAGCUAUCUCACAUCUGGAGAACGCUGAUUUUUAAUUUUUUUUUUAAAUUUUAAUUAGAAAGAGGAUUAUUUCAAUCCGAGGUCCCUUUCCCUCUGCCCUUCCCCUGCCCCCCCCAACAAACAUCCU